AUGAGGAACACGGCGUCCUCGAUGCUGACAACCAGAACCGCGGCCGCCGGGGCAACAACCCUCCGCGACGACCGCUGGCCCGCCACCUUCAAGCCAACUGGGAUCGAGAAGUACGACGGCGAGUCGGACCCCAAGACGUGGCUGCGCACCUACUCCAUCGUCGUCCGAGCUGCGUGCAGCGACAACGACAUCAUGGCUGCCUACUUCCCGGUCAUGAUGGGCCGCCGUGCCCUCAACUGGCUCGAAGCGCUCCCGGCCGGCUCCAUCAACAGCUGUCAAGAUCUCUACAGCGCCUUCGUCCAGUACUAUCAGGCAUCCUGCCCGGGUUCCAAAACCAGAUGGGAUCCGGCCAGCAUCAUCCAGCAACCUAACGAGUCCCUCCGCGACUACAUCGAGAGGUACUUCGCUAACCAUAAUACUAUUACGGAGGUUGAUGACAAGGAUGUUAUCCACCACUUCCACCAAGGCCUCCAUAGCAUCAAACCAAGGAGGAAGAUGUUCGAGAGCAACCCCAAGACCGUGGGCGAUAUGAUGGCGGUCGUCAACAAGCAUGCCUACAUGGAAGACGUCCAGCGAGCUCAUCGCCGACAUAAGACCAAGAACGACUCCUCCGAGCAUCCCUCCCAGCGGGACAACCGCCCAGAACACCGACGCAACGAUCGUCCACCUCGACACGGGAACAAGCACGACCGUGCCGAGUCGUCCAAGAACCGGGACCGCAAGCGUGGCCCCGAGAACAAUGUCACCGUUGCCGAGAGGUCCCAGUUCUGUUCCACCCUCAACCAAGCGGACCUGGACUGGCUCCUGGAUGGCAAGUGUCCUUGGCACAAGGACGCAAACCACACUGCCCGGAAGUGCCGAGCACUCUCCAACGGCGUCAUCAAGGACGAUGAUUCCAAGCGACCCCGCCGCGACGACCGCGACGGGCCGUGUGGUUCCAGAACCACCCGGCCGCGCCCACGGAGGUGCAACUCGCCCAGGCGAGACGACGACGAGCAGAGGGAAGACUCCCUAGGGAACUUCCAGGAAGAAGAAAGGGCCGUCAACUUCAUAUUCGGCGGCCCCAGCAAGCCAUCAUGCUGGCGCAAGCUCAAGCUGGAUGAUCGCGAAGUCAACAUGGUGUUCAAACACCAGGUUGAACCCCUGCGGUGGUCAGAGACACCGAUCACCUUCGACCGCCGCGACCACUGGGUGUAG